CUGAGGAGGUUUGUGGGCAGCGGCUCCAUGUGGCAACUUCUGGGGUGCGGCAGGGUCUUGACCUCCAGUGACGUGUGGUUCCUUGGUAAAUGCUAUAAGGUGUCGCCUGAAGAAGAGGAGUCUGGCGACUCGGAGUCCGACAGCGGGCAUGCUGUGUUUCUGGAAGAUUUCUCUUCCAGGAUAUGGAUCACUUACUGGAAAGGCUUUGAUGCAAUAUCUGAUUCCAAGCUAACUAGUGAUGUGAACUAGGGAUGCAUGGUUAGAAGCAGUCAAAUGCUGGUUGCUCAGGCGCUGAUUUUUCACCACCUUGGAAGAUCUUGGAGAAAGCCCCCAGAGAAGCCAUACAACCCAGAUUAUAUAGGGGUCUUACGCCUAUUCGGUGAUUCCGAAGCUUGUGCUUUCUCUAUUCACAAUUUACUUCAAGCUAGAAGGAAUUAUGGUCUGGCUGCUGGAUCAUGGUUGGGUCCAUAUGCUAUGUGCCGGGCAUGGCAGACCCUUAUUCGCACAAAUAGAGAGCAAGCUGAUGCUGUAGAUGGGAAGGAAAAUUUCCCUAUGGCGCUGUAUGUGGUUUCGGGUGAUGAAGAUGGCGAAAGAGGUGGAGCUCCAGUUGUUUACAUUGAUGUUGCUGCUCAGCUUUGCUCUGAUUUCAACAAAGGACCAUCUACAUGGUCACCUAUUCUUUUGUUAGUUCCUCUGGUUCUUGGCCUUGACAAAAUUAACCCAAGGUACAUCCCAUUACUAAAGGAGACAUUUAUGUUCCCACAAAGCUUGGGCAUUUUAGGUGGAAAACCUGGUACAUCAACAUACAUUGCUGGGGUACAGGAUGAUAGGGCUCUCUACCUAGAUCCCCAUGAAGUUCAGAUG